AUGGUGUGGUUACCUCCAACAUCAGAGUUGCAAUGUGGAAGCUGGGUAUUACUACUGCCUAUGCUAGUAGAAACCGUACUACUUGGACUUAUUCUAUGGCGUACAUUUCACCAGCUCUAUUGGAACUCCCAUCGACGCCGUAUUCUUUUCCAUAUUGUGCUUCUAGUGUCCUGUGUAUUACGGUUAAUCUUUUGGCUCGGAAUGUGCAAUUCCAGUGUACUGGCCAUCGGUGUAGCGUGUUUAUGGUGGUCCAAUUCGAUGGUGUUAUUGUGUACGGCGGCGGUGAUUUUUCAAUGGUCUAGUGCAAUAACGGCAGGACGAGUAACGGCUCAAGAACUUCAGAGAUCGAAACGGAUGACUGUAUCACAUCCACUGGUGUUUUUACACUCAAUUCAUUUCAUUUGGACAUCAGCUAUGGCAAUACGCGUGCUCUGUUAUGGAUUAAAUACUCCCAGGAGUAUUGAAACUUAUCCGAGAGAUGCAAAUUCUCUCUUUUUUACCCAUCGAGUUAUCAACAUUGUUACACUGGUAUUUGAUACCGUAGUAGCAUGUUACGUCGCUAUUCAAUUGAGAGAAAGAUUGCUAUCAGCUGCAAUGACUGAAGAUAUGAAGAAAAAGUCAGUGAUGCAAAUGUCAUUGUUGUUGGCUCUAUUGACGACGUCAUUAACGCUACAGAUUAUCAUGGAUGUACCCACUUUUUUCUCGGGUGUGAAGGACUCGUGGUCCUCUUUGAGCUUUGAGGCUUUUUGCGUCAUCAAGUAUCUUGUCACAGAUCUGUUUCUGAGUAUAGCCUUUUUGUACAUUAUGCGGCGUGUCAAACAGCGCGAACCCACACGAAUGGUAGUGGUACCGUCACACUCGCUAGUGGAGUUUGUCGAAUGCUCGUCGCCGGACUGCGUAUGGUGUGCGCAUCACCGGCAAUACCAUUUGACCCAGAACAAGUGGGAUGUGACGCUCAUGACGUCGUUUUCUCCACGGACGGUGGAUUCAAGCUAUCAUUCAUCCACCCACGCCAACCUCUCGCAAGGAUCGUGGUCCUCAGGAAGCACACCGGAGCCGUUGCCAGAUACUUCCCAUCUGUCUCGUGAUAGUCAUCACUGCCUUCACCAGGCUUAUUCAUCUCACCAGCAGAUGCACCCUGCACGUGAACGCAUACAGUUUCCGAUUCAAACGCAUGGAGACUAUGAGCCACCCAAGGAAAUUCCAGGAUGGCCUGGAGCACGUUACAGUUGA